AUGCAGAACCCAAAUUACACUCCAGGUGAUGCGCACAUCAGUUUCCAUGCCCACACCCGGUGCACAUUAGCACCAGCCAAUCAAAAUCCACCUCUCCCUCCUCCGGCGACUCUUCAGUCGUCAGCAGUCAUGGCCACGUGGAACGCCUCCUCCCCCACGGCGUCUCCUUCCCGCUUCGUCUCCGCGAGGCGAAGAACGGAGGCUCCACCGGGACGACCCUCCUCCGAAUCUCCACCAUCUAAGAAGAUGAGAUCAAUGGAGGAGAUAAUGGCGAAUUCCGAGCCUGUCGUUGAACAGAAAGAAGCCGACAGCUACAGCGACGUCACCUGCGAGAAAUGCGGCUCCGGAGAAAGAGACGACGAGCUCCUUCUCUGCGACAAAUGCGACAGAGGAUUUCACAUGAAAUGCCUUAGGCCGAUCGUGGUCCGUGUCCCCAUUGGAUCAUGGUUCUGUGUCGAUUGUUCCGAUCAACGACCUGUACAAAGGUUGUCUCAGCAGAAGAUUCUACAUUUCUUUCGGAUUGAGAAGGAAAAUGAUCCACCAGAGAAACCGGAAUUGAGUCAAGAGAGUAGAAAGCCUCGGAAGAAACGUGCUUUGACAGUGACGAAGAGAAAGAGAAGACUCUUACCUUUCGUUCCAUCAAAAGAGCCUGAGCAAAGGCUUAUACAACUGGGCACACUUGCAACUGCUUUAACUGCAUUGGGUAUCAAUUACAGUGAUGAGUUAAUUUAUGUCCCUGGAAUGGCUCCUCGCUCUGCUAAUCAAUCCGAGUUCGAGAAAGGUGGAAUGCAGGUGCUUUUGAAAGAAGAUUUGGAUACAGUGGAACAAUGUCAAGCUAUGCGUAAACGAGGAGAAUGCCCUCCUCUUGUUGUUGUAUUUGAUCCGCUUGAAGGCUACACAGUUGAAGCGGAUGGUCCGAUCAAGGACUUCACAUUCCUAGCUGAAUACACAGGGGAUGUUGACUACUUAAAGAACCGAGAGAGAGACGAUUGUGACAGCAUCAUGACUCUCCUUCUCUCUGAAGAUCCCUCUAAGUCUCUUGUCAUCUGUCCUGACAAGUAUGGAAACAUAUCUCGCUUCCUCAGUGGCAUCAACAAUCACAACCGGUAUAGUAAGAAGAAGCAGAACUGUAAAUGCGUGAGGUAUAGUGUAAAUGGGGAGUGUAGGGUUCUUCUAGUGGCGACGCGGGACAUAGCGAAAGGGGAGAGGCUCUACUAUGACUACAAUGGUUAUGAGCAUGAGUAUCCGACUCAUCACUUUCUCUGA